AUGAGAAGGCCGAUUCAACAGGAUCGAGUAAUCGGUGCUUUAUUAGGCAGCAGGAGUGGUGAGCGUGAUGUUGAUAUUAAAUCUUCAUUCGCUGUACCACACUCGGAGAAUGAAGAGCAAGCAACUGUCGAUUCCGAGCACUUGCACUCGAUGCUUGAUUUGCACUUGAAAGUCAAUCCAAGGGAAGUCGUCGUGGGUUGGUACGCUACAGGUUCCUCCCUCAACUCGUACUCGGCUCUUAUUCAGAACUUCUUCACCCAGCAAUCCACUCAGCCAUUCAACGCCAUACACAUCACCGUGGACACAAAUAACCUCAACUUCUCUACUGGAGUCAACGCCUACAUGGGCUCAUCCCUCGGCCCGCUCCCUAAAAUGGACAACUGCGUUUUCCAGCCUCUGCCAGUCAGUUUACUCGUCAGGGAGCACGAGAAGGCUUCCUUAGACGCUCUGACUAGCACUCCUUCCCAAACUAACCAAGAUAUUCCUGCCCUCGUCGCUGCCGUUGACAGAUUAUCCCAACAGAUCGAUCAUGUUCUCGCCUACGUGAAUAAAGUCGUUAGCGGUGAAAUUCAAGGUGACGCCGUCGUUGGAAAGUCCCUCCUCUCUGCUGUUCAGGCUCUCUCUUCUAGAUUCGAUGAGGGUCAUCUCAACUCUAUCCUCGACGCUCACAUACAGGACACAAAGGCCGUUUCGUACCUUGCUGAUCUCAUACGCACUCAGUCUGACUUGGCUUCGAGGCUGAGUUUGAUUGUCUAG